AUGUCUUCAAAGAUUAAUUUGUUCAUCCGUUUCUUCAUUUUUCAUGUGUUGGCUGCUGCUAGUGUUUCCGGGAGCAAUAUAGGGAUUUAUGAGUUAAAGAAGGAGAUUUCUCUGUCAAGCUCACAAAUUAUGGUGCCAGAAUCAUCUCUGUUUUUCUUCCUGAUAAGAAUGAAUGAUACAAGUUAUUUUGGAGCCGCCCUUGGAAGGGUUGCUAACCGGAUUGGUGGUGCUCAAUUUACUCUUAAUGGAACCCAUUAUCAGCUUGUCCGCAAUACUAGAAAACACAUGUUGCAUGGCGGUCCUAAAGGAUUUAGCAAUGUUGUCUGGAAGGUGAGCGAGUACGUGAAUGAUGGUCCAUGUCCUUACAUAACUCUAACCUACUUCAGUUCCGACGGUGAUCAAGGAUUUCCUGGUGAUGUUCUUGCCUCUGUUACCUAUGCAUUAAAACAUCCUUACAAACUUAGUGUGGUAUUUAAGGCAAAAGCACUGAACAAGGCCACUCCAAUUAACCUGUCUCAUCACCCUUACUGGAACAUUGGUGGACACAACAGUGGCGAUAUCUUGUCCAAUGCUAUUCAAAUCUUUGGAUCACACAUCACCCUAGUUGAUAAAGAGCUCAUUCCCACAGGGGAAAUUGCCCCUGUCAAAAACACGCCUUACGACUUCCUUAAACCCCGUAAGGUGGGGAGCAGGAUCGAUAAACUCCAAAAUGGAUAUGACAUCAACUAUGUACUCGAUGACACUGAAAAAAUGAAACGUGUGGGGAUAGUUUAUGAUAAGAAGUCUGGAAGAGUGAUGGAUGUAAAAACAUCUGCACCUGGUGUUCAAUUCUACACUUCAAAUUGGGGUAAUAGAACUAUAAAAGGGAAAGGUGGAUUUGUGUAUUAGAGUCAUGCAGCAUUGGCUUUGGAAACUCUAGUGUUCCCUGACGUUGUGAAUCACCCAAAUUUCCCGUUGACAAUUGUGAAUCCAAGAGAGAGAUACGUCCACAAAGUAUUGUAUACAUUCUCCAUAAAGAAAUACUAGGAUGCUUAUAUUUAUUUAUUUCCACUAUCCCUUUCGUCUUUUGUAUUAUCUUCUACAUAAAUUGACAUUUCUGUCAUGGUUUUAUGUUCUUUGUGACAAAUAAAACACCUGACAUUUUGACUCAAAAAUGGAUAGCAUUUGUUUUCCUAGAACAAAUUCAAACUUGUGACUCUGUCAAGUUAAUAGUCUGUGUUGAGAUUUCAAAUCUUGUUUAUUACUACUACUUAAAAAUAAUGAGCAGUUUCGUAAGUGAUUUUUACCGAA